AUGGAGAAGGCUGUUGGUGAUCAGGUUGCCUUCAAAGUAGAAAGUCUUCCAGAAUCAGAUGAUCACUUAGUGGAUGGAAUUAGAAAAGCCAACUCUGUCAAGGAUGCUGUAUGCAUAGGUGUUCCUAACUUGGACACUGUACCUGUUGACUUAGAUAAGCAGUAUGCACCGCCGCGUAAUGCUUGGGUGCUCUGUGAUGAUUGUCAUAAAUGGAGGCGUAUACCAGCUGAGCUUGCAGAUGUUAUAGAUGAAAUAAAGUGCACAUGGACCUGUAGAGAUAACAAGGAUAAAGCCUUUGCUGAUUGCUCAAUCCCUCAAGAGAAGUCAAAUUCAGAGAUUAAUGCGGAGUUGGAUAUAUCAGAUGCCUCAGGUGACGAAGAUGCUUCCGUCACCCGAUUAAAUUAUAAAGAAUUGGAACGUCGGCGCCCAACAGUUUCCCAACAGAAUGUUGCAAGCAUCAAAACUAAUCAGUUCCUUCAUCGUAACCGUAAAACUCAGACUAUUGACGAGAUAAUGGUUUGUCAUUGCAAACCACCUUCAGAUGGCCAGUUGGGUUGUGGAGAUGAUUGCCUUAAUCGAAUGCUUAACAUUGAGUGUAUUCGAGGAGCCUGUCCUUGUAGAGACCUUUGUUCAAAUCAACAGUUCCAAAAACGCCGAUAUGCCAAACUGGAGAAGUUUCGAUGUGGGAAGAAGGGUUAUGGGCUCAGGUUGCUUGAUGAUAUAUUUAAAGGGCAAUUUCUCAUUGAAUAUGUUGGAGAGGUGCUUGAUACACAUGCUUAUGAGGCACGGCAAAAAGAGUAUGCUUUAAAGGCUCACAGACAUUUCUACUUCAUGACAUUGAAUGGCAGUGAGGUAAUUGAUGCAUGUGCAAAGGGAAAUUUGGGGCGUUUCAUUAACCAUAGUUGUGAUCCUAAUUGUCGCACAGAAAAGUGGAUGGUGAAUGGAGAGAUUUGCAUAGGACUAUUUGCAUUGAGGGAUAUAAAGAAGGGCGAAGAGGUGACAUUUGACUACAACUAUGUAAGGGUUUUUGGAGCUGCUGCCAAAAAAUGUUAUUGUGGCUCAGCUCAAUGUCGGGGUUAUAUAGGUGGUGAUCCUCUUGAUAGUGAAGUCAUCAUUCAAGAUGAUUCAGAUGAAGAAUAUAUUGAGCCCGUGAUGAUUCCAGAAGAUGGUAUAUCUGAAAAGGUGGAGAGUGCAUCUACAAAUAAAGAAAUGGAUAAGUCAACAAUUGCUGUUGGGGAAUUGGAGUUUACCACACAAAGGGAGGAGUCCGUGAACCCAUCUGAAUCUGCUGUUUCGCAUAUACAUGAUUCACUGGAACUGGAGCACUCAAGACAAAAAUUACCAUCUUCUGUCCAACCAGUUGAAGCUUCCGAACAUAAAGAAGAAACUAGCAGACCCAUGUCCGUUGUUCAGCAGGAGAUUUUAAGGGAAAAUGAGACUAAAGAAAAAUCCUCAACCUCAUUUGAAAGACUAGAGAUUGCUUCUCCAAUAAAAGUUCUUAGCAAGUCUUUAUCUGAUGGCAUUGAUGCUAACAGGAAGUCCAAGUCUGACACUACUGAAGAUAGGCAGGUUUCUUCUAAAGUACGUCCUAAUGUGAAAACUUCCCGUUCAUCCAGUUUUGUGAAGAAAGGCAAAGUGAGGAUUAUCCCAAGUGGUAACAAAAUUCAAGUGGCAGCCAACAAAUCUCAUGUGCUUUCUAUCAAACCCAAAAGAUUAACAGAAGGUUCAGUGGAGGAGAAGCUUAAUGAGCUGUUGGAUGUCGAUGGAGGGAUAAAUAAACGGAAAGAUUCCACUAAAGGCUACUUGAAGCUUCUGUUCCUAACUGCAGUAUCAGGUGAUAGUGGCAAUGGUGAAGCAAUUCAGAGCAAUCGAGAUCUUUCAAUGAUCCUUGAUGCGCUUUUGAAAACAAGGUCACGGGUGGUUUUGAUUGAUGUAAUAAAUAAAAACGGUUUGAGAAUGCUACACAACAUAAUGAAGAAGUACAGAGAAGACUUCAAAAAGAUACCAAUCCUCCGGAAGCUUCUGAAGGUCCUAGAGUAUUUGGCUGUAAAGCAGAUACUUACGUUGGAACAUAUUACUGGAGGCCCUCCUUGCCCUGGAAUGGAGAGCUUUAUGGAGUCAAUGCUAUCAUUGACAGAACACAAGGACAAACAGGUCCACCAAAUAGCACGGAACUUUCGAGAUAGGUGGAUCCCUAGACAUCUCAGAAGACAUGGCUUUGUAGACAGGGAUGAUAGCAAGAUGGAAUUUAACAGAGGUUCAAACUGCAACAGAUUAUCCACAUCACAUGAUAAUUGGCGUGAUCAAAGUGGAAGGUCUACUGACACUAUAGAUAGUAUCAAGCAAUCAGUGCUUUCAACGACUUCUGUGAGUACUGGUGUCCAGGACUGUUCUGCACCUUGUACAGGUGGAUGCCCAACCAGUGUGACAAAAGUUCGCAAGCGUAAAAGCCGAUGGGAUCAGCCAGCAGAGACAAUCCCUGAUUCAAGUUCACUGCAGAACAAAGAACAGAAGACUGAGUCUGGAUUGCAUAGACCUAGUCCAUUGUCUGGGACAGGUGAAGUGGCAUUGCAUUUAGAGAGGGUGAGUGGCGACGACGGAAAUUGCUCAAGCAGUGUGCAUGAUAACUCUCAGCAAAAUGAUGGAGCUCAGAUCAACCUUGAGGAUGUUCCUCCUGGGUUUUCAUCUUACAUUAGAACCCCUAUGGUUUCAUCUAUUGCUUCGUCAUCAUUUUGUCCUUUGAAGUGUCCUGCUGCAGUUAUAGGGCAUCCACAAGAGAAAUUUGUUUCUCGCUUAUCUGUCUCGUAUGGAUUUCCACUGUCAAUGAUGCAGCAAUAUGGGACACCACAUGCUGAAACUGUAGGGACUUGGGCUGUUGCACCUGGCAUACCUUUUCAGCCUUUUCCACCAUUGCCCCCGUUUCCCCGACAUAAGAAAGACCCUUCACCUUAUCCUACCGUCAAUCAUGUAUCAGGUAAUCAACCUGCAGGAGGACAACCGGACUGGUGUGUUCCUGCAACUUCUCAGUCUGAAGAAAGCACUCCAAGCACAACUGGUUCCAAUCAGGCAGACUUUGGCAGUCCAUGUGCAAACAAUCAAUAUUCAUCUAAACGAGUUAGAGUAUCCUCGAAUGAUUUGGGAAGGAGAUACUUCAAGCAGCAGAAGUACUGGAAUAAUACAAAAUUGAGGACCCCAUCUUUUAGCGACCGAAACGGGUGGGGAUGUACUGGAAACAACUCCGGAGGUGGGACAGCAGAUGGCAUAGGCGUAGGACAUGUAGCAAAUGAGCUUAGUACUUCAUAUUGUUCAGAGGAUUUAAGCUAUAGGGUGGAGAAAGCUGGGAAUAAUGUCAAUCAGCAUUCACAUCACCAUUAA